AUGGAUAUACAAUUUUCCUCUAAGCAGCUAUAUGGAGGUGCUAUUGAAGCAGAAUUUCCAAGCUCCGUUAGCGAUUUGUCUCAAGUUACAUUUGUUCCAGAUAACCAAGAAGUUUUUACAGAUUUAAACACAGAAGCUACUCUUAUACUAGAUCUACUUGAGCGUGCAGAGUGUCAAGAUGAAAACUCUGCAGCUUACCAUUAUAAUGAUCUUGCCGGCCAAAACGAAAGUUCAGGUCCAGGGCAAUCCACAAUUAUUUCAACACGCGAAAUUUCUCCUCAAGAAAUGCCAAAUAUUCCUGCUGAUUGGAAAAAAUACAUAAUUAAAGGCCAAAUGCUGAUAAAGCCAGAUAAAGGCCAAUUUACUGAUAGAGAUCUAGUUAAUAUUCUGAUGCUUAUUAUCAGAAUCGCUGAAGUAGAAACAGAUAUUGUUUUUCAUAUUAACUUACCGGUAAAAGAAAGGAUAGACCAAGAAAACGCUAUGAUCGAAAAAUACUUUAAACGGUUUAUGGAGUCAUUUAAAAUCAAUGAUAUGGGUCUUUUUGGGUAA